AUGGCCGCGACGACCCCAUACAGCCCUGCGAUUACACAGCGUCACCCGCCAGUCACAUCCGCCGGCGCGGGCCUCAUCGCCACAGCCAUCAUCAUGCCGGUCUUUGCCACACUAUGGACGAUUCUCCGAAUUUGGACUCGAAAGAUUAGAGGAGUUUCAACACGGUUUACCGAGGAUGUGCUAUGCUACCUUGCAGUUUUCUUCUUCUGGGGUCUCGGGAUCAAUUACAUGUGCAUGGUGAUACUCGGCGGCGCCGGCAACCAUCUUCCUCAGCUAGCCGGGGGCGACUACCUCACUCGAUUUUCUCAAACCACGUUUGCCGCCGAAGUGUUGUACGCUCUGACUCUUGGAUGUACCAAGAUGAGCAUCACAUGGAUGAUUAAACGCAUCUUCUUCGAAUCUUCCCACACUUGGAUACCAUAUUGUCUCAUGGCUUUCAACUUUUGCUGGAUGAUACAGACUAUUCUGACAGGUGUGCUACUCUGUCGCCCCAUUACAUUGAAUCGGGAUACAGAUGGCCGAGGCUAUUGCGGUAACCAAAAGGUCGCGUUCUCUGCCGUCAAUAUUGUCGAUAUCAUCACCGAUAUCUUGAUCAUCUCACUUCCUGUCAAGAUGCUUUGGGGCCUGCACAUGAGAAGAACAUACAAGGUCGCUGUUGCCUGCAUGUUCGGCGCUGGUCUGAUCACCAUUGCAUUCACAGUGGUUCGGCUGUACAGCGUCUUCACUCUUGACACCUCCGAUGUGACCUACAACUUUGUGUCCAUCUCCAUCAUUGCUCUCGUCCAAUCUGGCGUGGCCAUCAUUGUUGCGUCCGCGCCUCUUCUUCGUCCUGCAUUUGACCGCACCCUUGGAUCGUGGUCCCAUACAUUGAGCCGUAGUUCUCAACGACCAACACAGCGAGUGUCAAAGGAGAGAUUAUCGCGUCGCAAAGUCUCGGCACAUACAAAAAGCUCCACGGGUGCUUCGUCGCUUAGUAUUGGCAAAAGCGCAAAGGGCCCCAUUGGUUUCAAGCAAAUAUCAGAAAGCGAAGAAAAUCUGCGAUGGGAGCUGGAUGUCAUGCAUGCUGACAAGGGGAAAACCCUGACAGAAGUGUCGAAUGCGCGUUAUGGUGAGGGUGCAGACGAGGAGGACUUGCCAUCUGGCCAAAUUAAAGUCACACAGUCGACAGAAGUUUAUCGCAGAUAA